AUGCACCAUAGGUACCUUGCCGCACUAAAAGGAAAAGACCAGUUCCAGUAUGCCAACAACACCAACACAAACCUCCACGACCAGAGCACCAGAACCUAUUACAUCAAUGGGAACUUUAAUGACAACGGAUCAUCCAGGCACAACCAGCCCUUAUUGACCUACAAGGAGCCUUGGAACAAGAGGCACAAAUGGAUGUUCGCUGGAGCAUGCAUAGCCAUCGUAACGGCGGUUGUUGUACUAUGCGUCCUCCUCUCACGAAAACAUUCAAGCGGAGCAGUCCAUCCUUCUGCCACCUCCGCAGUAUUCACAGCUUCGCAAUCCGCCCCAGCUACUACGAUAAAUUUUCCACAGUCUAACUCCCCUACCGCCACCCCUCCAACACAGUCCACCCUCCCGACCGCGACCCCUCACUCAACCAAGCCCUCCUCCUCCUCUCCCUACCCAACACUCCCACCGGAGCUCCGCUACCUCCACGACGGCGCCGCCUGCACCGCCGACUCCCAGUGCCGCCCGCCGAACCACUGCCAGACAGCCUCCGACACCAACUCCGUCAACAACGAAGUGUACACGACGACGACGUGCUGCGCGCCCACGCAAUGGGGCUGUCCAGGAUGGGAGUGCAAGGACUACAACGACUGCUUGGACCCGUGGAAAUGCGCAGGGACGGGGAGUAAGAAGACGUGCUGUGGCACGGGAGCGCCGUAUACGGGGACGGGGUGUUAG